GUGCCCCCGGCGCUCACACUUGGUCACGUAGGCUCCUACUCUGUCUAUCUCUAUCUCAGCCAUGGCAUUUGGGGCUCGUGACCCUAACCUCCUCUCUCUUUUCCUUCUCUCUCUCCUCGCAAUCGCCUCCGCCAAAGUCUACUUCGAAGAACGCUUCGACGAUGGAUGGGAAAGUCGCUGGGUUAAAUCUGAUUGGAAGAAAGAUGAAGAUGUGGCUGGGGAAUGGAACUACACUGCGGGUAAAUGGCAUGGAGAUCCUAAUGACAAAGGUAUCCAGACAAGUGAAGAUUACCGAUUUUAUGCCAUUUCAGCUGAGUUCCCUGAAUUCAGCAACAAGGAUAAGGUUCUAGUCUUCCAAUUUUCUGUCAAGCAUGAACAAAAGCUUGACUGUGGGGGUGGCUACAUGAAAUUGCUAAGUGCAGGAAUUGAUCAGAAGAAAUUUGGUGGAGAUACCCCUUACAGUAUCAUGUUUGGGCCAGAUAUCUGUGGCUAUAGCACCAAGAAAGUCCAUGCUAUUCUUCAUUACAAAGAAACGAACCACUUGAUCAAGAAGGAUGUCCCGUGUGAGACUGACCAGCUCAGUCAUGUUUAUACUUUUAUCCUCAAACCGGAUGCAACCUACAGCAUUCUAAUUGACAAUGUGGAGAAACAAUCUGGGAGUGUAUACAGCGACUGGAGUAUCCUUCCUCCAAAGAAAAUCAAGGAUCCUGAGGCUAAGAAACCUGAAGAUUGGGAUGACAAAGAGUACAUUCCAGAUCCUGAGGACAAAAAGCCAGAGGGCUAUGAUGACAUCCCAAAGGAAAUUCCUGAUACUGACGCCAAGAAGCCUGAGGACUGGGAUGACGAGGAGGAUGGUGAGUGGACAGCCCCAACCAUUGCAAACCCUGAGUACAAGGGCCCAUGGAAGCCAAAGAAAAUCAAGAACCCCAACUACAAGGGGAAGUGGAAGGCACCAAUGAUUGACAACCCAGAGUUCAAGGAUGACCCAGAUCUCUAUGUAUACCCCAAUUUGAAAUAUGUCGGCAUUGAACUGUGGCAGGUGAAAUCCGGUACCUUGUUUGACAAUGUUUUGAUCACUGAUGAUCCGGAAUAUGCCAAGCAGUUAGCUGAGGAAACAUGGGGCAAGCACAAGGAUGUUGAGAAGGCAGCAUUUGACGAGGCAGAGAAGAAGAGAGAAGAAGAGGAAGCAAAGGAUGACCCAAUUGAUUCUGAUGCCGAGGAUGGAGAUGAUGAUGCUGAUGCUGAUGAUGAUGCAGGAGAAGAUUCCGAUGCCGACACCAAACUAGAAGAAAGCACAGACAGUGCUGAAACAAAGGAAGAGGAGAAACAUGAUGAACUGUGAGGAAGAGAACUUGCAGUUCUGGAGAUUAGCUUGGGCAUGAGAUGGUCCAAAAUUUUUAAAGAAAGCUUUUAGUGGUGUAGGGGGGGUUUUUGUCAGAAACGGUUGUAGGCUGCAUGCAAAAACUGCGAGGCUGAUUUGCUUUAAUCCCUUUUUAAGUCAAAACUGUUUGAACCAUUUUCGAACAAAGAGAAUAUUGUCCGAUUUAUAUAGUCAAAACUCGCUGAAGUAGCUUGGAUUUUGGCUUCU